GUAAUUAUUCGUUACACUCUUCAUCACUCUCCGUGACUAGCGUUUGUGACAAGUCGGCGUUUUGUACUUUUGCGCUUGCUUUUAUUAAAGACAAAACAUUAAAGAUGUUUCUAACACGUUCUGAAUACGAUCGUGGAGUAAACACUUUCUCGCCAGAGGGAAGAUUAUUUCAAGUCGAAUAUGCCAUAGAAGCCAUAAAGCUUGGCUCUACUGCCAUUGGAAUCGCAACAACGGAAGGAGUCGUUCUGGCAGUGGAAAAACGUAUUACUUCAACUUUAAUGGAACCGACAACUGUAGAAAAAAUUGUAGAAAUCGAUAAACAUAUAGGAUGUGCAGCAUCUGGUUUGAUGGCCGAUUCACGGACAAUGAUCGAUAGAGCUCGAGUCGAAUGCCAGAAUCAUUGGUUUGUCUAUAACGAAAGAAUGACAGUGGAGUCGACUGCUCAAGCUGUGUCUAAUUUAGCUAUACAGUUUGGAGACAGCGAUGAUGAUGGCACUGCCAUGUCUAGACCAUUUGGUGUAGCAAUGUUAUUUGCGGGGAUCGAUGAAAAAGGUCCACAACUGUAUCACAUGGAUCCAUCUGGUACGUUUGUUCAAUUUGAUGCAAAAGCCAUAGGAUCUGGUAGUGAAGGAGCUCAACAAAAUCUUCAAGAAGUAUAUCAUAAGUCCAUGACACUCAAGGAAGCAUUGAAAUCUGCGCUGACAAUAUUGAAGCAAGUAAUGGAAGAAAAACUGAACGAUACCAAUAUUGAAGUGAUGACAAUGACGCCCGGGCAAUUGUUUCACAUGUUUUGCAAGGCAGAAUUACAAGAGGUGAUUAAAGAUAUUGCUUAAAAAGCUAUAUGGGUACACACGUACGAGUUAAACAAACGGUUUCACCAGAUCAUGGAGAAAUAAACAUAUUUCUUAAUGGAAUAGCGUGUAAUGCAAAUGUAAAUUAUAUCUCUACUUUACACACGGAGCAAAUACUUUACGUCUGUAUAUUUAAUAUUUUCAUUUAUCGUCCUUAAAGAGAAAAUAUU